AGAAAAUCGUCGUCUAAUUGUCGCAUCAACUUCUUACAAAAAUGCACCAGUCGUGCACUGCUCUGGUUAAAUCACUCACACCAUCUUUUCCUCUUCUUCUGCCUCAGACUCCUCCUGUGAAUUGAAUUUUGUCCAAAUUCCAAACCAAACAUGCCUCUGGGAACGCUUGAAGUCGUUCUCGUUGAAGCCAAAGGCCUCAAGAACACUGAUUUUCUCUCUAAAAUUGAUCCCUAUGUCGUUUUCACUGUGAAGACCCAGGAGAAGAAAAGCAAUGUGGCCAAAGGGCAAGGAAAUGAAGCAGAAUGGAAUGAAAGCUUUUUGUUUACAGUCUCGGAGGAUGUUUCAGAGCUUCGUUUGAAAAUAAUGGACAAAGAUACCUUUACUGCAGACGACUUUGUUGGGGAAGCAACCAUUCCUUUAGAGCCAUUGUUCGCUGAAGGAAGCCUUCCACCAACUAUGUACAAUGUUGUCAACAAGGACCGAGAUUAUCACGGAGAGAUCAAAAUUGGACUCACAUUCACUCCCGAGCCUGAGAGAAACAGCUUUCGUUCCAGAGACUAUGCUGCUGAGGAGAACUAUGGUGGAUGGAAAGAAUCAUCUUUCUAGGAAUGGCCUUGUGAUUUGCAAUGAAAUGUAUGAUGCUCAUUUAGCUGCUUGGCGUUGGAAUAAAGAGCAUCAAUCCUGUUUGAGUUUCCCUUUCUGUGUAUUCCAGUUAUUAGACUGAUAUUUUUGUGCCUCAACCUACUUAGUGGAUUUAAAUAUUCAGUUAAAUUUACUUGUUUUC